GGCUGCCAGUCCACGCUGGGACUCUGCCUCUAGCACCCACCUCUCUCAAGCCUCCGCCGGCACCAUGAGUGGCCGAGUUGGGGAUCUGAGCCCCAAACAGGCUGAGGCCCUGGCUAAGUUCCGAGAAAAUGUCCAGGAUGUGUUGCCCGCCUUGCCCAACCCUGAUGACUACUUCCUUCUGCGCUGGCUCCGAGCCCGGAGUUUUGACCUGCAGAAGUCGGAGGCCAUGUUGCGCAAGUACAUGGAGUUCCGGAAGACCAUGGACAUCAAUCACAUCCUAGACUGGCAGCCCCCCGAGGUGAUCCAGAAGUACAUGCCUGGCGGACUGUGUGGCUAUGACCGUGACGGCUGCCCGGUGUGGUAUGACAUCAUUGGGCCACUCGACCCCAAAGGACUGCUCUUCUCAGUCACCAAGCAGGACCUGCUCAAGACCAAGAUGAGGGACUGUGAGCGCAUCCUGCAUGAGUGUGACCUGCAGACGGAGCGGCUAGGGAGGAAGAUUGAGACCAUUGUGAUGAUAUUUGACUGCGAGGGCCUGGGACUGAAGCACUUCUGGAAGCCCGUGGUAGAAGUGUAUCAGGAGUUUUUUGGCCUCCUUGAAGAGAAUUACCCAGAGACCCUGAAGUUCAUGCUCAUCAUCAAAGCCACCAAACUGUUCCCUGUGGGCUACAACCUCAUGAAGCCCUUCCUGAGUGAGGACACUCGCAGGAAAAUUGUAGUAUUGGGAAAGAGCUGGAAGGAAGAGUUGCUGAAACUCAUCAGUCCUGAGGAACUGCCUGCUCAUUUUGGGGGAACCCUGACGGACCCAGAUGGGAACCCCAAAUGUUUGACCAAGAUCAACUAUGGUGGGGAGAUCCCCAAGUCCAUGUACGUGCGGGACCAGGUCAAGACGCAGUAUGAACACUCGGUGCAGAUCAGCCGUGGCUCCUCACACCAGGUGGAAUACGAGAUCCUGUUUCCAGGCUGUGUCCUCAGGUGGCAGUUCUUAUCGGACGGCGGGGACAUCGGCUUCGGGGUCUUCCUCAAGACCAAGAUGGGGGAGCGGCAGCGGGCAGGGGAGAUGACGGAGGUGCUGUCCAGCCAGCGUUACAAUGCCCACAUGGUGCCUGAGGACGGGAGCCUCACCUGCGCGGAGGCCGGAGUCUAUGUCCUGCGCUUCGACAACACCUACAGCUUUGUCCACGCCAAGAAGGUCAGCUUCACUGUGGAGGUGCUGCUACCGGACGAAGGCAUGCAGAAAUACGAGGAGGAGCUCACGCCUGUCUAGGCUCCCCUCCAACACACACACUCACUUCUCAGAGAACCCCACCCUCUGUUCUCUCUCCAUACAUGAUCCUACUUCUAUCCCUGACAUUAGUGAGUAAAGUCACCUUGGGGGAGCAUCAUGUGCUGUGCUGAGGUCAGGAAAGGCAGGAGAGGCUCAGGCUUGGAGAACACCAAGGGUGCAGAAAAGGAAAAUGCCAGGAUAAAGCCAGAUGCAGGUGUCGCUGAAAUGCGAGAAACAGGAAACUAGUCUUCGCCCGUCCUAAGCAAUGUAUGUGCUUGAAUUCCUUUUUUCUAUGAACCGUGAACAACUUAGGUUGGCGACGCACCCACGUUCUUUUUAGUGCAGCUCUCUUUAUAGUAGAUGUUCAUGUUUCAAUUGUGCAGUUGAGUGGAAGACCAGAAGGUAGCCAGCAAAGUGAUUCCUGGG